CACUCCGAGCGGAAAAGCUAAGCUGCUACCAUAUCAUGGCAAGGCUUCUCAUCUCCAACACAGCCUCUCUCACUCUCUCUCCACCAGCCCCGUCCUCACGUGCUCUACUCAACCCCCCGCACGUGCCCAUAUCGCCGGCGACUCGAUUUUCCCGCCGCCAAGCCAGAGGCCUAACGGUGGUGACACGUUCCGGUCCCACCACGAACCAGUACGUGUUCGCAUUCGUUAUGCCACUCUCUCUGAUCGCUGUCACAGUCUUCACCUCCAUGAGAAUCGCCGAUAAGCUCGACGAAGAAUUUCUUGAAGAGAUUGCAAUUAAUCAAGCGAUCAGGGAAACUGAUGAGGAUGAUGAAGUUGACAUGCCUAUAGAAGAAAAACCUGCCCUUCCACGAACACGUAACCGGCCCAAAAGGGAAGUCUAGACUUUCUUUUUGCUGCUUGGUAAGGUUUAGUUUUAUAUUUCAUAUCAGCGUGCCAUUGUGAAUGGUGAUUCAUUGAAUGUAAGGGAAAGAAGGGGAUGCAGGGAGCCUUAUAGGCUUUGACAAUUUUGUAUGUCAAAUGAGUAUUGACAUUAGAAUGUUGUGCCGAUAGCCUUCGAGCCUAAUGGCACCUUCUUUUCCUUCCUUGAGAAUUAGAGUGCACGCAUUGUGUUUCUGUUGUUUGUAAAAAGAAAUAUGGUAUGAAUAUAUAGAGUUUGUCUAAUAGGCAGAGGAGGUUUUGCUGUUAGUGUUUCCGAUAAGCAUGUUCUUGGUUGCUAGCAGAAGUGACAAUCCCACCUGAAGGAUUUUACAGACAGUAUUCAUAUAGAUCAAUAGAAUGAUUUCUUUAAAUUUCGAA